AUGACGGACGCUAAUGCAAAGCUCAACUCCCUAUUUAACAAGAGGAAAAAGAAACAGUCAACCACCGUGAACGCGAACGUUAUUGUUAAAACCAGUGCACAGAGUGCUGAACGUGCUGCAACUCCGAGCGUAGGAAUCGCACCUACACCUUUGCCACAGAAGAUUUCGGGACCUACUACGACAGCGUCUGGUAAGAAGCUCGCAGAUCUGUCAUUAAAUAAGGAAGAUAAGACCGAUAAAGUGGCUUUUCAAUGGGCAAAACAGCCCAAGAAGUAUAAAAACUUGGAUAAAGAGGAAUCAGUGGCCACAACAUGGGCUGAGCAAGAACAACGGAAUCGCAUUAACCGACGUAUUCAGUUGGAUAAUGAACGCGCAUUCCCGUCGCUUGGUGUGGAUGCUGCUAAGGUCCAACUACAGAACAUGAAGGCGCCCAAUACCAAAGCAGUUGAGACUAAAAAUGCUUGGGCUUCGCUACAUGAUGACGAGGAUGAAGAGUAG